AUGGAUAAUUUGAAAAUACGGUUCUAUGAUCAUGAUGAUGAGCUCAAGGAAACUAUCUUUGCAAACGAAGACGUUUCAACAAGUUCAGAGGAAAAUGAUACUGGUGUAAACGAAAAACCUUCAACAAGUUCAGAGGAACACUAUACUAGUGACUUAUCUGACCAGGAUAACCACCACAAAACAACAUGUAUAGAAAGAUGUAAAAAUAAAAAGUCCUUUAGGAACAAUUACAAAAUUAUAACGGAGAUUAGUAAAGGAGGACAAGGCACUGUGUUUGAAGUCCUGAAAAUUACGGACAAUGGAAAUUAUGCAAUGAAAUUAGUGCCAGUUGAUCUUGAUGAUUUUCAGGCUUCUAAGUAUAAUGAAGCUAUUGCCUCACGCAAAUUACUGUCCCAUGACAAUAUUGUCAGUUAUCAUACAUCACAUGUAUUUUAUACUUCGCCAAAAAAAGAUUCUGAUGUAGUAAUGGAUGAAGAAAAAUAUAUUGCUUGCUUAAUGAUUGUGACUGAGCUUUGCAAAGAAAGCUUGGAGGAUAUGAUAAAGAGUGGUGAUAUAUUUAAUGAUGAUGAAAGAAGAUGUAAAGUAUUUCUUGGUAUUUUAAAUGGAGUGCAAUUUAUUCAUGAGAAGAACUACAUUCACCGAGAUCUCAAGCCAGAAAACAUUUUAAUUGGUAAGGAUGGUAAGGCUAAAAUUUGUGAUUUUGGCUUGGCUUGGAGUAAAGACCGAAGUUUGGAAGUGGAUACUCCAGAUUCGAGAAAGAGUGAAAAAAGCCUCACCAAGGAUAUAGGAUCGUAUUAUUACAUUGCACCAGAGGUAAAGGCGGAAAAUAAUCGUCCCUACGACAGAAAGGCAGAUUUUUAUAGUAUUGGAUUAAUUGUAUACGAAAUGUAUGUUAAAAUGGAUAAAAGUGAAAGGCCUCGAAGAUUUGAAAAACUCAGAGCAGGAAAUUUUGCCCCUCUAGAUUAUAUUGAGAAUGAGAAGGUGAAAGAGAUUGUAAAGAGUUUACUUAGCCAUGAUCCAUCCUUGCGUAUGGAACUGACUGAAGUGAAACAAGCUAUUGAGGAUUUGAUGAAGAAUGAUAAUCUUGUAGAAGGAAAUCAGGUACUGGUACUGCAUCAAGAAGUCUCCUCAGUGACGAGGUACCCCAGUCCCCAAAGAAGACAAUCAAUUGAAGGACAGAAAAAUGGUAAACUACAAUUUUCUAAUAAAGAAAACGUUCACUGGAAGCAUUAUUGA